UUCGACGAGCUCGUCGUCGCCGCCAUCAAACGCGUCCCCGGGCGAGAGUACGACGCGGCGACUCGGCGGUGGAACUUCCCGGAGAGUCACCUGAAAGACGCCGCCGCGGCGUUGAAGUCCGCGCCGGGGGUGUGCAUCGAGGUCGUGAUGCCCGUGCCGAUCGUGCAGCGGGCGCUCGCGGUGAUGACGCAGCUCGAACGCGCGGCGGCGGCGGCGGCGGCGACCUUGGACGGCGGCGGCGACCUCGGCGACCUCGGCGUCGAGGCCGCGUACGAGCGCAUCCCGGAGACCUUGCGGGACGCGAUGUUCCCGUUCCAGCGCGAGGGCGUCAAGUUCGGCCUCGCACGUGGCGGCCGCGUCCUCAUCGGCGAUCAGAUGGGCCUCGGGAAGACGAUCCAAGCGCUCGCGCUCGUGUCGUGCUACCCCGAAGACUGGCCGUGCUUGGUCCUCGUCCCGACGUCGCUGCGGGACGCGUGGGAGUCCGCGCUGAGACGGUGGCUCGGCGUCCGCCCGUCGCUGAUCGCCGCGGUCGCGAGCGGCGCGGAUGGGAACAAGAUCAACGGCGCCGCGUUCGCGAUCGUUCCCUAUUCGCUCGUCGGAAAGCUCGGGGAGAAGCUCGCGAGGAAGAAGUACCAAAUCGUCGUGUGCGACGAGUCGCACUUUCUGAAGGACGGCAAGGCGCAGCGCACCAAGGCGGUCGUGCCGCUGAUCAAGGCCGCGCGACGGGCCAUCUGCCUGACCGGGACGCCCGCGCUGUCGCGGCCGAUCGAGCUCUACACGCAGUUGGAGGCGCUGCGACCGAACGUGUUCACGAAGUUCAACGAGUUCGCGCAGCGGUACUGCAGCGGCUCUCGGUUCGGGUGGCAAGGAUGCACGAACGCGGACGAGCUCUUCGGCGUGAUAUCCCGGCUCGUCAUGGUGCGAAGGCUGAAGAAGGACGUCCUCACGCAGCUCCCGCCGAAGACGCGCGAGCAGGUGUUUUUGCCUCUUCCGAAGAGCGAAGCUCUGAGCGAAGUCAAAGCGAUUCGCGAACGCCUGAACGACAUCAAAGAGAGCAACCGCGACGAAGGCCGCCUCAUGAACCAGCUCUACGUCGCGUCCGCGAAGGCGAAGAUUGGACCGGUGCAGGAGUAUCUCGAGACGUUGAUCGACGGCGGCGCGGAUAAAUUUUUGUUCUUCGCGCACCACGCCGAACUUCUCGACGCCGCGGCGGCGACGCUGAAGAAGCGGAAGAUACAGCACAUCCGCAUCGACGGCUCCACGCCAUCGACCGCGCGAGGGAAGCUCGUGGAGACGUUCCAGACCGUGGACGCGGUGCGCGUCGCGGUGCUCUCGAUCAAAGCCGCGGGGGUCGGCCUCACGCUCACCGCCGCGAGCGCGGUCAUCUUCGGCGAGCUCUCGUGGACGCCCGGGGAGAUCGUCCAGGCGGAAGACCGCGCGCACCGCAUCGGGCAAGUCAACAGCGUGUCCGUGCAGUUUCUGUGCGCGCGGAACACCGUGGACGACAUCAUGUGGGGCAGCGUCCAGAAUAAGCUCGAAAAUUUGGGGCAAGUU